GUUGACAACAUGGAGAUAACCGACGUCCCUCAACCUCCGAAGCAAUCAGCAUACACACAGCCAUCCAACCCCGUCUCGCGAAACCCCGAAGAGCGGCGCGGACAAGCACCGACAGAUGCCUACCUAUCAUCUUCAAGCCGAUACGGCGACGCGCCUCCUGCUAUCCGCCGCACAGCCGCCUCUAAGCCCUCUUCAGGCGAGAAGCUAGCGCAGCUGGAGGAGGUGCAUCGCCAGGACAUUGGCCCAGAUGGGAAAAGAGGGCAUAUCGAUCUCGAGUUCGGCGUCGAGCAGCAACCGGCAGAAGGCGACAUUGCCGCCGCCGUCGAGGGCCGGCCGAGUCGUGUGCAGCCGGGUGCCCAUGCAGGGCCUGUGGGGAGUACGCCUGGCUUUGAGCAGGAUACGGCGGCGCAAAUGGAGAGAAAAAGAGCGGAGCAUGAUCGGGCUCUGAGGGAGGGUGGCAGAGAAAGCUCGGCCCGUUACGGCGAGGAGGCUGUUGAUGCUGAGUGCAGACAGGUUCGUGAAAGGAAGUUGAAGCUGGAUCAGGAAUUGGAUGUGAAGGGGGCGGUGAAAGGGGCCACUGGGGAUCGGGUUGUGUAA